GCUUUGUGAGGCUCAGUACAUUACAGCGGCCACGUCUGUCCAAACUCAUCUCUCGCAGGGUAAUUAUUUCAUAUAGGAUUUAUAUUUACAGAAAAUGGAACGAAUUCUCGCUUUAAUUUAAGUAACUCAUCGAGCAAGGAAUAACGAAGUUGUGCUUUGUGAUUGAGACUUGUCACACGAACUAGUGAGCGUUUUUGGUUCUUUCUUUUUCAAAUCAUCGUGGUCACUUGGAUGUUUUUGUUUUAAAUUACAUUAUCCAGAUGGUUUAUGGUGGACUAACAUAAUAUUGUGUAUGGGCAACUUUUAAAUAGAUAUAAAUAGACGAACAGCUCCUCUCUUUCUGUGUGUGUAUGCGGAUAUUGCACUCUACUAUUGGAAGAGUGCAGUGUUGAUGCAACGGCGUGACAGCAAAGGAAUCUGGCGCGCUUGUUGUGACAAAUAACUCUAAUCCGCGUUCAGUAUGGUAUUUACACGGAGAUGCUGAACUCACACAGUCACUUCAAAACUACAGAUGUUAGGCAGAGCUGCAAAGGAAGCAUCUGUGUCCGGUCUCACAGCCAUCCACUCCCAUCGAUGACUUAGGACGGAGGAGCCGCCUAUUGAUCCAGCCGUAUAAAAUUUCAACAAAUUCUGCUCGAUGUUUCAAUUCUCUUUCUUCUGAACUGCCAUCUUUGCUUAAGCGAACAAUCGCACCAAUUCGAUUCCCAUUCGGAAUACCCUCUGGAAUUUGGUGUAUAUUCGUUUUCUUGCAUGUACGACAUGAUCACGAUGAGGCGCGUUAAGUCACACCUCUCUCGAUUGCCUCUGGAGGCUCUGAGACAGCUACGGAUACAUUAAAUCGUUAGAUAAUGCCAGGCGGCACCUAGGGGUGGAUCACUUACCAUGUGGCUAUUUCAUUCAACUACAAAGAAUGGGGCAAAGACGUAAUAUAGUAGAGAGGGCGAGUGCCUGAAAUCAGUAAGGGUCCGGUUCUGAAAAUACCAACGCUGACGCUAUAAUCCAACCACGUGAUCAAGUUUUUUUUUUUCAAAGUGAGAAAAAUUAACACCGAGAAAGUGAUAACCCAUACAACUCUUUACGAACACAAAAAGGGAGUGUUUACAUUGCUAUAACUAGCCCGCCCAUACCAGAACAGAGAAGAAAAACGAAGGACACGUAAGCUUGAAAUUCUAGAUGACAAAUGGCAACAGUUCACGCCGUCACAAUGUCGGCGACGUUUUGCGAUGAAGAAAAAAAAAUAUGAUGGACGCAUUGUCAUAGAGACCCAUCUAGUCGGGGCGAGAAAAAACGAUAUUGCUUCACGGAAGUGACGUUUAACCAAACACCGAAAUUCCAAUUCCAAUUCUCAAGUUUGGAUUAUUCGUACGUCUUCUGGGUUCAAGAGACAAGGGACUUUAAACGCUACUGUUUGCUCAUUAUCCCGAGCAGUGGUUCGCUGAGUGUUUUUGAUGAUAAGAAAUUCAUUUAACUUGUAUCAACUAUUUAGUCAAUCUUUCAUAUUGAUUCUGGAAAGAAAAGGAAAAAAAUAUCCGGCGUGUUGCUGGGCCUCUCUUAUAAAAACAAUUUAAGGUUGACGUGUUUGAAUCUCCGAGGACUGUAUCCAAAUAGGAGUGAUUUGCAAUUGGUAUUCGCAAUACAGGGCGACAGUAAAAGUCAAACCUAAAACGGACAAUUUGCGGGCAUUUGUCAUGAAUUGCUGGAUAUUGAGGACAAACUAUUGAAUUACCGCGCUGGAACAUUGAACAAAGGAGCUAGACCCUACUUUUUCCGGUGGAAGUUCCACUCGUUCAAUAUACGCUCGUUAAGGAACUUAUUUUCAUCGACUAAUUUAAUUCAAUAAAAUUGUUCUGUCAGGACUCGUGGGAGAUAUAUUUCGUAUCAUAACACCUAACCGAAUAAUUAAUUCAUGGUUAUUACAACGGAAUUUGAGAUCUGCGGUAAGAUUUCUGAGUUAUUUUAACACCGUUGUUCGGUAGAUCGAAGUGGGAUUCAAAUUCACCGGUUUGUGUGUGCGUGUGGUAGAACCAGCAGCCGUAAUCGUGUCUUUAUUACCUAUAAGGGAGAAAUUGGAAACUUCAAGUGUCUACUGUGAGCAAUGUGUUUGCAUAUGCUAGAGACGUGAAUUCUGAACGGGAGUCCAACACUGGAAAUUUCGUUUAAAUGAUUAUGGAAACAAAUUUAACAGCCUCGCUAUCGGUUCUCGUGGGGUAUAACAGGACCACAGUAUCCUUUGAGGUGGAGGAGAUAUCCACGCCCGUGGUGUUUGGACCCCAGGUCAAAAGUUUAGACUUCGUCAUUCCUACCACGAUCUUUUUGGGGCUUAUGGUGUUAGCGACAAUUAUAGGUAACGUUUUUGUCAUUGCGGCCAUACUGCUUGAGAAAAACUUACAAAACGUCGCCAAUUAUCUCAUUUUGUCACUAGCGGUGGCGGAUUUAAUGGUCGCCACCUUGGUGAUGCCCAUCAGCAUUCUUAAUGAGGUCACAAAGACCUGGUUUCUCCAGAACGAGGUUUGUGACAUGUGGAUUACGUUUGACAUGCUUUGCUGUACGGCGUCCAUUUUGCAUUUGGUCGCCAUUUCCGUAGACCGUUAUUGGGCGGUCACCAAUAUAGACUACGUUCGGAAUAGAAGUGCCAAAACUAUUCUCAUUAUGAUUGCUAUCGCCUGGUUUGUUGGGCUCUGUAUUUCGAUGCCGCGCCUGUUGGGCUGGCGAAAUCCAGACAAUGUGCCCAGUAAGUCGGGCAUGUGUAUGAUAAAUCAAGACAUUGUGUAUACAUUUUUCUCCACGGGCGGGGCCUUCUAUGUGCCGACCAUAAUCAUGUUGAUCAUCUAUGUAAAAAUAUAUCAAGUGGCUCGGUCGCGAAUCAGGAAAAAGAACUUCAUCAAAAAGCAGAGCAAAAAACAGAAGUACGUUAUAACUGUGCCGUCUCCCACGAAUGGACUGACGGAAUCGUCACCUAACGGGAUCACCGAGACUUCAAUCAUGCUGGACGAGACUUCCUGUGUGAACGGUUUAAACGGAUGUAGUGAUAAAAAUGACAAUUCGAAACUUACUGCUAACACUUCGAGCGAGGAGGUUAAAUUGGCCUUGCUUCCGAAUGCCUGUGUUAAUGCAGCAAAGGCCAAAAAGCAGAAGGAGAAACUAGAAAUGAAGAGAGAGCGUAAAGCUGCGAGAACACUUGGUAUAAUCACUGGCGCUUACAUCGUGUGUUGGCUUCCAUUCUUUAUCAUUGCACUUUUAAAUCCAUUUCUUCAAAACAUACCCGACAUAGUGCAUAGCAUCGUUUUGUGGUUGGGAUACUUCAAUAGUUCACUAAAUCCGGUUAUCUAUACGAUUUUCAAUCCGGAAUUUCGCAAUGCCUUUCAGAAAAUUCUGUUUGGGAAAUACACUAGACGAAGAAAUUGAUCGAAGAAAAUUCAAAUAUUGCAUUUAAAAUAGAAUUCAGUAUGUCAGUCGGUGCAAACUUAACACAAUAAGGUAUAUUUCUUUUGGGUAAAAAAAAACAUUUACAGUGCUAAAAGUGAUCAAUAAAGCAAUAUCAUGACUAAAGUUUACAUCUCCUAUCAAUCUUGUAUAACAAGUAUAUAUAUUAUAUAUUUGCAAAUCAUGAUGCAAUCGCUCUGACAAUACACAGGCAUAUUGAUAUUUAAGCAAACUAAUAUGAGUUGUAAACGUCUGUAAGUUAAAAAACUUUUAUUUUCAUUAUUUGUUUUCUCUGAGAAUCAAAAAUGUUGUACUUUGAAUGUUUCUUAGUUUUAAAAUCAUUGUUUAUGUGUGUUGGUUACUUUCUUACAAUUAUUUUGUGUUUAUAGGCUCAAUGUCAACUGCAAGUCACCAAGUUCUUGUUUUUCCUCCUUUUGGUUUCUUUUUCUAUUUAUUUGAAUUAGUUAUUUUUGUUCUGUUUCAUUACAGGUGUCUAUAUAUAUAUUUUUUUUUGGUAUUAGUUUGAAUUAGAAUAAUUAAAUUAUUUCUUUCAGACCUGUUUGAGUGAAUGUAAAUUAAUCUGAAUGCUUUCAAAACGAUUUUUAUUUAGCAUGCAAGUGUUUUCAGUAAUCCACUGUACAAUAUAUUGAUUUAUAUGUAUAUCACAAUCAAUCGCUAGACUGUUAAAAUGGUCAGUUUUUCCAUUUUUGAAAUGUCAUUGUUUUCCACACCUGGUGGGUACUUGUUAUUGACGCACGGUUUAAAUCCUAUUUACAUCAUACUAACUUGCUUACAAAACAGUCAAGAUUCAGUCGGAACUUUUCGGACUUUUCCGGGAUAAAUCGGUAAAAACGAUAGCACGGGGAGCGACGAUUGAAACAAUGUUAUUUUUGUACUGCGUUUUUUAUUCAUACAAGUAAGAAAUAUAAUGAUUUACACGUCAUCCUGUAGGACCUUUGGUUUCUUUCUUCUUCUUUUUUGUUUCUGAUAAUGUUUGUAUGUCGUCUGAUGAUAAGCAAAGACUACGUCACAUCCUGUUUUAAUCAGUUAACGUCUGUUUCUUUGGGGGCUUUUUUUUAUUAAAAAAGAAAAUCUCUAUUUUCAUGGUAUUUUUAAAAGAAUAAUCAGGUUGAAUAAUUUAAAAUGAUUCCUCAGUCUAAUUUUGAAGUAAUUGAUCAUGAAUUUUAAAAAUGCUUAUAUUAAAAAUCCUAUUGAAAAUAAAGAGUCCCGAUUAAAACGUAAGAUGCACGAAUGCCUGCAAUAAAAUAGUUCAACAAUUGAUUUACAGAGAGAAGGAUCAAUCCAAUGUCUGCUCAAUUAAAAUUCUUGCUGUUUAGGGACAAUUGAAAAGCCUUUCUCUUUUAUUCUCAUCAAACAAAUACUGAAUUCAAAGUUUGCGCUGUCAUAUCGAUUACCAUUUGAUCAAAUAAACAGUCCUGGUUUCGACUAAAUACAAAAUAUUAAUUCAAUCAUAUUAAGAAUUUGUUUAGAUCAGUGCAUUUUAUUCCAUUUUUUUUUCUCAACAAAAUUAGAUAAUCAAAUUAAUUCACUGCAAAACAAUUUUGUACAAACACGACCAGACUUCAAAAUUAAAAACAAACAUAAAAAACAUUAACAGUACGAGUGUUGGAGAUUGAACCUAUGAAGGAGCUAAUUUUAACUUAGAACCAUUUCAACAAGAGCUUGGACUUUGGGUACUUGUGUCAAACAGCAAUGUGACGUAGGCCUGUCUAUUUCAAAGCUGGCCAUUCAGCCAUGGCUUUUUAAAAUCAACAAAACUUUUCUGGCUUCUGAGCUAAGACUACCCAUCUAUGCAUAUUUCACUCGAAACCAGCGUCAUUUUUAACUUCUUUUUGGUGCAAGAAAUACAGAUGUAGAUAGUUACGUUCUAGCGAAAGUCAAUGGUCUUCUUAAAAUGGUUCUACAACAACACAACUCAGUAAUUAGCCAGAUACAAACAACUAGUAUAAAGCGAACGAUUGAAAAUCAAGAUAGUGCCUGUCACGUGGAAAGGUGUUUUAAAAAUAUGUUUUCAUUGUCAGAAAAAAGGAUUAUAUAAUGCCAUCAUAAAUAUUUGUUUUAUUUUCUCAAGAUGAAUUUCAUUCAAAACGAUAUUUUGGCAUAACAAAUCAGUCAUUUUAAGCCGAAAAAGAAUAGCCGAACCCUUUUCCGAAGGAUAUUCGGAAAGCUGUUUAUAGCAGUGUACAAAAGGUUUAAAAGAAUGAGGACAAAUAAAUCAAAAACAAGAUUGUAGUAUUAUGGAAAUGAAACAAAAUACAAAAUGUUUUGCAGUGACUCUAUUGAUUUUAUUUGAUACAGUUAUUAUAUUUUCAUGAUAUUUGUUUUCUCUCUCUCUCUCUCUCUCUCUCUCUCUCUCUCUCUCUCUCUGAAAUGGAAAAAUAAACACACCAAUGGCAGCAUCUAACUCUUUUUUUUCUGAUUGCCUCCUCUCAAAUUUCGAGUUUUGUUUUCUGUUAAAAGUAAUCAUUCACUUAUAAAAGGCUGGUUUAGAGCAAUACGAUCCUAUAGGGCUUGAAGUAUAUGCCCGGGGGACAGUCCUGGUUUUUUUUUAUUCUCGACUGUAACAAAGUUUUACGCAGAAUCAUUCGGACUGAGAAUUAAGUUGAUGUGAGCGAGUGGAUGGUAUUUAGACCCUGUCGAUAUCUGUGAAAAGUCUAAUUUUUGUUUUAUAUUUAUCUUGUUGUUUCAUUGUUAUUUUUUGCUUUAGUUGUUUGAUUCUUUUGUUUUGUUAUCUAUGUCAAAGUGGGGUGGGGUUGGGCUUUGUCGUUUAUCUUUAUUUUUGCGGAAGGGGGGAGAAAAUUUGUUGUUUUGAUUUGUUUGUUAAUCCCCCCUCAAAUUUUAUCUUUUUAUUACUAGACCUAUUUUGACACUACAAGAGAUCAUCUGAAACAGAGGGUGUUUUCAAUUUUAAGUUAAUUUUUAUUGUGUUUGUUUAUUAUUCUUUCAGUACCUGUAUACGAAUUUUUUGCAAAUAAUACAUGUACAAAUUUAUAUUACAUUCCAUAGAUUAUAAAAAAACACGUUUUUCUUGCCUGCUCAUUCACGCUUACUUAGCGCAUUGACUGGCUAUUUUUUCUCCUAUAUAUAAUCGACCCUUUUUUAAAUUCAAAGAAAAUGUUUGGUAACAAAACAUAAUUCCCAUGCAAAAUACCUUGUAUUUGUACAUGUAAUGUUGGCUAUUUUUUUAAGAUUAAAAAAUUUGGAUUUAUUAUAUCACAAGAAGUCAUACUCUUAUACUGGUCAUCUUAUGAAUAUUCAUAUAUACAAAUUGGUCAGUGUGUUUUAUUUUGCAAAUUAAUGAAUAUGCAUUUUUGAGCUGUCAUUAUAUUUUGACUACGUUUGAGAUAUGUAUACUAUUUGCAUGUCAUUCAUGAUGAGAACAGCAGUGAUAUAUAGAUUUGUUUUCAUUAUAUCGUGUCAUCUCUCAAUUUACAUGUACGUGCUAUACCAUACAUGUUUUUCUCUUUUAUCUCUAUCUUUAUAAGAAAUAUUAUAUUAAUAAAUUAUGCAUUGUAUGUUAUUGAUGUGUGGAGAGCAGAUCUUUGUCACUGAUUAUGCUUUCACUAAUAAAACUUUCUAUAAACAUGA